AUCAUCAGUAUAGCGACUGGCGCACCGUUCGACUUUACCUGUUACUCUUGUGCUCUUUUAGCUGUUACCUGAUGAUUCUCAAUUGUGGCGUUUCGUCGCACCGUCUUAAAGUUGUUAGGAAUCGCCUUACUUAUAAUUUUAUAGCAUCGCGUAUCUGGACAUAAUUAUCUUUGAAAUUCUUUUUUUCAAAACUUCAUAUCAGUGAAUUUUACUGUUUAUAGCCUGAUUUUGUCAAGUUUCAAGUGUCUAAAUCAUCAUGGGAUUUUUCACUCAGGACAACAGAAGUAGCUGUUCAGACGAUUCUGGAAGUAACAGCGAUGUUUUUAGGAGCGUACCGAAACACGCGGCUGUGUUCUGCGUCUGGAAAAUCGAGGGACUUGGGGCUGUCGCCGUACCAAAAAAGAAGGUCGGCAAUUUUUUCAACAAUUCGGCUUACGUCGUUUAUACGGUCUCUCCCAAAGACGGAUCGAUUCCCUAUCCAGGAAUGCCGGGAAAAGACGUGAAGGGACCCGUGACCCGCGCGAUUCAUUUCUGGAUCGGUUCUAAUUGCGAUUCAACGAUAGCCGGAGCCGCAGCUUUACGGGCUGCGGAAUUGGAUGCACAAGUUUCCGCGACGAUUUUGUACCGUGAAGCGGAAGGUCGAGAAAGUUCAAGAUUCCUUUCCUACUUCAAGGACAAAUUGAUCGUAGAAAGCAUGAAUCAAAGUAGCGAAACAUCGGACGUUACUAUUCACAAAGUCACCGGUAUAGCAAUUCCAAUUUUAACGGAACUAGACAAGGUCACUUGGGAAAAUUUCUCAUCCAUGGAUGUGAUUUUGCUGAAUAUUUCCUCGAAGGGUGUGACUUUUCUGUGGAUUGGUUCGUCGGCGUUAGCGUUGCACAAAAAACACGCUGUAAAAAUCGUGGAAUUAAGAAAAGAAAACAACAACGGUCGUGUCGUCAUCGUAGAAGACGGCUACGAACAAACACUGUCAAAAUCAGAUAGAAUUCUUUUUGACAGUGUGUUGGAUCCUUCUUCUCGAGUUGUCAUGCCCGGACGAAAUGAUUCGAAUUCGUCAUCGCUCCCGAGUCCGAUAAAACUCUACAAAUGUUCCGAACAAUCGGGGAAAUACAAAGUGGUGGAGUUGAAAUCUGGACCAAUUUUCAGGUCGGAUUUAACUUCGAGCUCAGUUUUUCUUAUAGAUAGGGGAGAGGCCGGUGUCUGGGCUUGGGUAGGUCGUGAGGUCAAUCCGAGGGAGAAGCUUGAGGCCGUUAGAAACGCUAGAGGAUUCGUUAAGAAAAAAGGAUACUCAAAUGGCACCCCUGUGGCAAGGGCUAUUGAAGGUCAAGAACCAUCGGAGAUGAAAUCGAUGCUCAGGGGAUGGGAAAACAGGGAGAAAAAAGGGCCGCUUAUUCUUCCGGGGCAAUUUGAAUCAGAUUAUAUGGCGGAGAGACCCAGAAUGGCGGCGGAUUGCGAAUUGGUUGACGAUGGAAGCGCGGAAAGGAUUGUUUGGAAGGUCGAGACCAAGGAACAAUCGCACGAUAUGGUUGAGGACACUGGGAUUUAUUACGCAGAGGCCUGCUACGUUAUGCGGUACAGAUAUGGAGCCGGUAGGAAAAGCAGGGUUGUGGUUUACUACUGGAAGGGUGCGCACUCAACGAGCACCGACCGUGAAACGGGUUUAGAGUUUGCUUGCAAAUUGGGAGAGGAUACUUCCGGUCAACUGGUAAUUGCUAGCCAGGGAAGAGAACCGCCACAUUUAUUGCAAAUCUAUGGAGGAAAAUUAACUAUUUUGUCUGGACAACAUCGAGACACGCCGCCGAAAAAGUAUCUUGUGAGGGUGGUGGGGUCGACUCCGUACACUUCGAAGGCCGUAGAACGACCACUUAAGGCGAGUAGUUUGGACUCCAAUGGUGUUUUCAUCCUGUUUUCUGCUUCUCCAGUUGUCUGGUGCGGUGGACGAAGCACCGGCGAUUCUAGAGAGGCCUCUAGAAGGUUGGCUUCUGGCACUACUCCCCUCAUCGCAGAGGGCAAAGAGGACGAUACUUUCUGGUCGCAGCUCGGGGGUCGAGGGACCUACUCUACAGAAAUGCCAACGGAGGUUGAUUACAAGGAUUCCGAGAAACGGCUAUACCACUGCCACGUUAAAGAAGGCGCUUUCGUGGGGCAAGAAAUUCUAGGAUUUACGCAGAGUGCUUUGCUUCCGGAAGCCGCAUGGCUUUUAGAUACGGGAAACACUAUUUGGAUAUGGCUUGGGAACCAUUCGAAUCUCAGGACCCUCAAGGAAUGCGUUGAAAACGCCACUGUCUUUCUGUACACACAUCCCGCGGGAAGAGACCGCAACACUACCAUUACGGUCAUCAGACAAGGUUUUGAGCCGCCAACGUUUAUUGGUCUUUUUGAGAACUGGAAUCACAACUUGUUGCGCGAUCACCAAAGUUUUAACGUCUUUAGGAUAUCGUUACAGAAUCAAGAUCCGUAUCCCAGUCUAAGCGAUAUAUCGCAGACCGAAUCCCCAGGUUUUUCAGAGUUUGACAAUUUCAUAAAAUACCCUUUACAGCUACUGAAAAAUGAACCGGAAAAUCUACCCAAUGGCGUCGACAUCGAACGCAAAGAGAUGCACUUGACCUUCGACGACUUUGUAACAGUUUUCAAAAUCCAACCGUCAGAAUUUGAAAAACUGCCCUCAUGGCGCCGCAAAAGAUUGAAACAAUCUGCCGGACUUUUUUGAUCAGUAUUC